UGAGCCCCUCGAGAAGCGGCGCAAUAAUCUCCACGAAAGCAAAUGCUCCAAAUGCGACGCCGUUUGCGGGGAUGUGGUGUACCGUUGUCGCGACGCGGUGUGCGAUUUCCAGCUCGACGUGACGUGCGCUUGGACGGUCAAGAUCUUGCACCGGAGCCAUGACCACAGGAUGGCAGUGAUCCGCUGCUCUGCAGGCUUUCCCUGUGGUGCGUGUGGGACUGAGCAUCGGCCGGGUCUGUUGUGGGCCCGGCCGAUGACUUUGGCCUAUGUAUGCAGUGCAUGUGAUUUCUGGCUGCAUCCGCACUGCGCUGCACUGCCAAAUGCAAUACAGCACCAGAGCCACAAGCACCCACUUCUUCUGAAUUACGGGUCCAGAUUGUCCACGGUUAGGUGUGCGGUUUGUAGAGAUGUGGUCUCGAGUUGGGGGGUAUAUUCGUGCAAUAUGUGUCAGCACUAUGUCCAUAUCAUGUGCGCAGUCACAAACGACCAGAGCUUUGAAUCAGUUAUGCUUCGAGAAGCUUUCCAAAAUAAUCGAGUUCCUAUGUUGGCUAAUCUUCCGGUUCCUAACGAAUACACAAGUUUUUUACGACACACAUCAACAAAUUGGAUCUCAACCACAAGUACUGAUGUAGGAAGGCGGCACCAUCAUCCACUAACUUUGCACAACAACUAUCCCGUUUACGACGACAAUGAUGAUGAUGACGACGACGACGAUGUCCACUGUCUCCCAAAAUGCAACGUGUGCGUCCAGUUCAUCUCACCGCCAUUCUACACGUGCUCCCAGUGCCCGAGACUCUUCGUCCACGACUGUUGCACGUAUUUCCUGCGCGAGCCAGAUUUCUAUCCCACAUACACGCUGGACCAAACUAAGCCUUCCCUUGUCAUCUCAGAAACCAACUGCUGCAGUCGCCUCACCAAUGGCUACGGCUACGGUUCCCACGGAUCCAAAGCGGACAUAUUGUGCUUCACAUCGCCGGACUUGAUCACGCACGCCGCCCACUCCAACACGCACGUGCUCCGCACCACGGACGUGCCAACGAUAUACAUGAAAGAGGCGUGUCGCUGCUGCAACAAAUUCCUCAUCGGAUUCUCCUACACUUGUACAACAUGCCGCAAUUUCAGCAUACACGCCACGUGUGCACGCCUUCCCGCCACCGUCCGCCACGUGUACGACCCGCAUCCCCUGGAGCUCGUCACAGCCCCACCUCCUCACAGGCAGUCGCAGGCCAUCUGCGACGCCUGUGAGCAGGGGCUUGACGACACGCAGUGGUACUACAGUUGCGCGGAGUGCGAGCAGGCGUUCCACGUGGACUGCGUGCCCUGCUUAGAUCACCUAUCUUUGAUCAAGUUUGAGAUGACGGAGGUGUGUGUGGCGAGUCAUGAAUGCCCACUCACCCUCGUCCGCGGACACAUGGUCCGCGGCCGACGGUGUGGGCAUUGUGGGGAAGGCUACCGUAAUAAUAUGGUGGCGUUCGAGUGCUUCAAAUGUUAUUUUAGCAUUCAUGUCAAAUGUUCUGAGGAUUUCUCUCAACUAUUCAAUGACGUGUCUGAGAGCACGAAGUUAUCCUUAUAAAUGAUUGUAUCAAUCUGUAAAUAUAUUUAAGGGAUGUUCGGUUAAGAUUAUAUCUUGCGAUUAAAUA